UCUCUCUCUCUCUCUCGCUCUCUCGUACGCGCACUUUCAACUAAUGGUCGGCAUUUUCCGGUGACGAUCAGAUAAAAAAUAAAGUGUGCCAUUGGUCAUCCACCAACUCCACAAUCACUUUCCUACUCUGCCAUCCACUAACUCCACAAUCACUUUCCUGUUUCACUAGAAAUUGCCUCCUUCUGUUUCAGGGAAAAAUCUAAAGUUUCUACUUCUGCUGUUCUAAAAAGUUUUUUCCUUCUUUCUAACAGUUGAUUUUCUGUUUGUGUAAAAUCAUACAUUUACGAAUAUAUUUUUCUUUGUUUACAUUUUCAUCCUGUAUUUCUUCAAUUGUAUUAUCCCUAUACACUAAUAAAUGGCUUACAGAAACAAUCGCCGUUUCAACUACUAUUCAUCACCUUCCCCAUUUUGCAAUCAAUUUGGGGGGCAAGAGGCAAGUCACGAUAAUUUCCAAGAAUUCAUCAAUCCAGCUCUAUACGAGUCGGAUGAUUUUCGUAUGUACACUUACAAAGUACAAAAAUGUCCAAAACUUCGUAGUCACGAUUGGACCUCUUGCCCCUUUACACACCAAGGGGAAAAAGCACGUCGACGUGACCCGAGAAGAUACAACUACUUCCCAAUCCCUUGCCCGGGUUACAAAUUCGCGUCUUGCAUUAAAGGAGAUAAUUGUGAAUUGUGCCAUGGAGUUUUUGAGUACUGGCUACACCCCGCGAAGUACAGGACACAUCCGUGCCAUGCUGGCACGUCGUGUAACAGACGAGUAUGUUUCUUUGCGCAUACACAAGAAGGGCUUCGUCCUGAGACGAAGUACAAUUGGUGUUAUGUGUACCGAUACCCUUUACACAUCCAGCCAUAUCCAGACAUUUUAAUUGAAAAUGAACCAAAUGGUAAUUGGAUGGUUAUUUCUUGUGAUCCUCAGCCACCGUCACAACCACAUGAUCUGUACUAUGGUACUAAUGCUUCUGGAUUUGAAAAUUCAUCGACUCCUCCGCAAAUUCCUCAAGAAAAUACAUCAACUUUUGAGUUGUUCGUUCCUCUUUCUUCUUCUCAAUCUCAACCAAGAAUUGAUCAGAGGAUUCAAAAUGAGAGUGAUUUUUCGCUUUUUCUGGCUAGUCAUGCAAAGUUAGCUGAGGAGCUGAAGAAUCUUGAGAUUGGGAGUACUUCUCAUGCUAAAGUGAAUAAAAUACAUGAUGAAAAGGGGAAAAGGCUUGUGGAGUUUGAGUCACAGGAUCAAGAAUUUCCAAACAUCAAUUGGGUUUCUGACUUGUUGGUCGAUGAAUUUGAGGGCGCGAGCUUGUAAUAUUUUUUUUUUGUAUGUGACGUAUGAUAGUAAUUGAUAAUUAAUUAAUUGAAGAUGAUUUUUUUGAAUUAACAACGCAAACU